AUGGCUCCCGGCGGCGCUGACCGCAAACCAGAAAAGUCCUACCUCUCCUCCGCUGUCGACUCGAUCAACCCUUGGGCCGGCAGCCGGAGUUCAACACCGACGCCCAAGGAUCCUCCUCCACAGCCCGUGCCCGUUCCGACCUCCCGCCCAGGCGAUCACAGCAUCACCCACUUAUACGGCCAGAGCAUCAAGACCUACCCCUCCGACUGUCCUCCUCUGAACGUCCUCUGGUACCACGCAACUGAUGUUCCCAAGCGCAAACCCCAGUUCCUCCGAGACAAAGCGAAGCCUGCCGAAGAUGCCAAGCCCCCAGUCCAGCCAAAGAAGUUUCUGCCUUUUUCCAAGCUAGAUUCUCGCGCAAUCGAGACGGCAUACCAACGUUUAUUGGAGGAUUCAGAGAAGCGAAGAGAAGAGCGAUCGUUGCGCAACGUUUCGUCGGGCUCUAGACGCGGUCGCCAAAACACUGACGAUGAGAGCGCCCACAGCAGCUUGGAGACGAGCCCCGAGGGUACCCAGGCCCCCAAAACACGCGUCCCCGUGAACGAGGACUACCUCUUUGAUGUCGAUAUCGAAAAUCGAGAGCUGGGCCCGGUCUACUGGCUGGGUCCUGUGUAUGAAGUGCGGCGCGGCACCUGGUUCUACGAUGAGGGGUCGUCUUUGCGGCCAUGUGAGGAGAACUUAGCUUCGCAGCUGGAGGAGGGCUAUCUCAAGGUCAAGCCCUGGACAUAUCCCAAGCCGCGGGUUCGCAACGACCCGAAGAACAAGGACCCCAAAGCCAAGGAUGUGACGCCCAAGGCGUCCGUCGAAAAUCUCAAGGCCGCGGCAGCUACAACUCCCACGACCGACGGAAGUUUGAAGUCUCCGGGGCCACAGAACCAACACCAACCCUCUUCGCACCGCUUGUUUGGCGCCUGGAUGAACAAUAUUGCGACAUAUCAAGAUGCAGGCACGGCAUGGCUCACUUCAGACAGCAUGCUUUCGUGGGUGACGUCCACCAUGUACGAGAGAUUCUCGGGCGGUGGUUACAUGAGUGGUGUCAAGCUGGUCAGAGGCUAUUCUGACGUAGCAAAGAACAAGAAACAACAAAAGCAGCCGGCGACGCCAACAGACCCUACCGCAACCCCUCAGCUAGAUGAGAAGCAGCAAAAACUGCUCAAGAGGAGGUCUGCACCACCGUCUUCCAGGCCAUCGCAGUCAACCGACGACAUCUCGCUACUAGAGGAGGAAGAUGAUAGGGAAAAUUCCCUUCAAAGACAAAUCUCAUCGCUGAUGGAGGGGGCCGAGCGUAACCAGGAAGAGCAGGAGGAGGAAAUUCGGAAGAGAGAGGAGAAGGAAAUAGAAAACGACUACAACGGCCAGCUUGGCGAAACCCAAGGGCGAGAAAUCGAGCAUCUUGUGUUAGUCACUCACGGCAUCGGUCAGCUCCUCGGCAUUCGCAUGGAGAGUGUGAAUUUCGUUCACGAUGUCAACAUAUUGCGAAAGAACAUCAAAUCAGUGUACUCCAUCUCUGCUGACCUGCGGGCACUAAACUCGGAGCUCGAAGAUGGCCCCCGAAACUGUCGCGUACAGGUUUUGCCCGUGUGCUGGAGACAUCUUCUCGAUUUCCCCAAGAGGCGAGAAAAGAAAAAGGAGCAAGACAUUGGUGACGGUGCCCAAGAUGAGGACGAAUACCCCUCCCUAGAGGACAUCACCAUCGAAGGCGUGGCGUUCGCCAGGUCUUUGAUCUCCGACCUCGCAUUAGACGUUCUCUUAUACCAGAGUGCCUACCGAGAACAGAUAUCGGAGAUUGUGCUGAAGGAGUCGAACCGUAUCUUCAAGCUGUUCAUGGAACGGAACCCAGAGUUCAAGGGCAAGGUCCAUGUUGUUGGCCAUUCCCUCGGCUCGGCCAUCAUGUUUGAUAUCUUGUGCCGGCAAAAAGAGAAGCAAAAGACGCUGGUAACCCCCCGGAACCCCCUUCGAUUCUGGCCUGCACAUGAAAAGGCGGAGGGCCAUCGGGAUCGAGAAACCAACGAGUUGCGAUUCGAGUUUGAUGUGGAAGAUUUCUACUGCCUUGGGUCUCCGGUAGGGUUGUUCCAAAUGCUCAAGGGACGUAGGACAAUCUCGGCUCGCCACUUACCCAACUCGCGGCCGUCGGAAAGCCCCUUGAACCCAGAUUUGAUGGACGACCCAUUCCUUGCCGCGAAUCCGGCUUCUCCUACGCAUCGUGUUUCCGCAAUCACUGGUCUCCCCUAUUCAGUCUCGUCUCCAAAGGUGUCGCAGCUUUUCAACGUCUUUCAUCCGUCGGAUCCAAUCAGUUACCGUCUCGAACCCCUGAUUUCACCUGCAAUGUCGACACUGAAGCCCCAAGUCUUGCCGUACACCAAGAAGGGCAUAUUUGGCAACGUGGCGCAACAGGGCCUCUCGGGCAUCGGUAUGAAGGUCGGCCAGAGUGUCAGCGGGCUAUGGUCCAGCUUGAGUGCAGGCAUAGCAAGCAACAUUCUGAAUCGCAGCCUCGGCCUCAGCAACGAGGAUGUGGCCAAGAUGAACUCGGCCAACUCGCCACAGCAGGUUUCAGGAGCAGGCACGAAUAUUGCAGACAGCGGUGUGAUUUCGGACGUGUCGAAGCUUGGGGAAAAGACGAAUGAGCGAAAGAAGCAGCUGGCAGACUCCAAGGCCAUGAUUGGCCGCACCAGUAUCAGCGGGAACGAGAUGACGCUGAUUGACGACGAGCUCGAGACGCUGUACUCCAAGUUCCAGGAGAAGCGGGUAGUGUUGGCCAAGACGGACGAUGAUGGCGGCGCCGCGGACUGGCUUGAGGCAGAGCGUAAGGCGCAGAAGCUGCGGCGGGAGGAGAUGAAGGUCCGGGCCCUGAAUCGCAACGGGCGUGUCGACUACAGCAUUCAAGAGAGCGUUCUCGACUUCAACCCUAUGAACACGAUUGCGUCGCACAUGAGUUACUGGUCUGACGAGGACGUCAGCCAUUUCAUCCUGUCACAACUACUUUCUAAUAGAAGCCGGGCGGAACGAAAGUAG